AAAUGUCAAUCGUAUUUAUAGUAAUCAUAGCAGCCACGAUUCAAUUGAAUACUUUAUAUAGAAGAAUUGAAAUGAAUCGUGGCUGCCUGGCUGCCAUUUGACAACCGCAAAGUAAACAAAAAUCAAAUACAAAGAUGUGUAAAAGUAGAAUAAAACAUUAAAUCGUGUAAUAAAUACUUACCAAGAUCGUCUAAUUUCAAUAUACCAAACUUCAAAUAAGUUUAUACUGAGUGCAAAACAAAAUAUGACCAUGUCGUAUUUUAAAAACAUAGCCAAAGUAUUUAUGGGAUGCUGUGUGAGCUCGUUUCUCAUGGAAAUAAUGAUGGAAAAAGCAUCGAAUACGGCAAACUUUGUAACAUUUCUUCAAUUCUUCUUCAUAUCCCUCCAAGGGGGUAUAACUUUAAAAUCUCGUAUGUUUACACCUCGAAUACCACUUAAAGAAUAUUUCAUAUUAAUAUCAUUAUUUUUUAUAACGAGCGUGGCCAAUAACUAUGUGUAUGCUUUGCAUGUGCCCUCAACACUACACAUGAUCAUAAGAUCUGCCUCGUCACCAGCCAGUAUGCUAGUGAGCUGGUAUGCAAAAAAACAGAGGCCAAGAACUACUGCACUCAUAGGAUCUGUUAUAAUAAGCAUUGGAGUAGCACUGGCAAUGUAUGGAGGUGCUACUGUGGUUGAACAGAGAAAGGGUAACUUCCUACAAUGGUGUUUGGGUGUUACUAUAUUGCUGGCUAUGCUCAUUGUUGGAGCUUUGACUGGACUGCAGCAAGAGGUGCUUUUCAGAAAGUUUGGAAAACAUCCAGUAGAGAUGCUCUUCUACACUCACAUGGUACCAUUACCACUAUUCCUUGGCAUAUAUCCCCAACUGAAGGGCAUAGCAACUAGCCUACCUUCUACUCUUUGGUUAAUCCUAUCUAUUAACAUUAUAUCACAAUUUUACUGUACACAUUCUGUCCAUGAACUUGCUACAAGAGAAACCUCUACAACUGUUACAUUUAUAUUAACUUUAAGAAAGUUUGUUUCACUUAUGAUAUCAACCAUAGUUUUUAAGAAUAAUCUGACUGUUUUACAUGUUAUUGGAACUGUGUUUGUGGUAGCUGGGACAUAUUUUUAUUUUGACUUUUUUGCUGGUAGAAAUCAGCAGCCUGUUAGUUAUAAAGCUAGCAAGGCUCAAAGUAACCUUAAAAAAGGCAAUUAGUACAUAAGAUUAUACUUUAGUGUAAAAAAAUUCAAGUAUUUAUUGGUGUUGGAUAAAAAGUGAAAAAAUUACAUUGUUUAUCUAUUUUUAAGGUUCUUGGUGAAAAUUAGAUUCUUUUAGUACAUCAAUCUCCUAUUCAAAAGUAGAUGCACAAUUAGCGACCAAAAAACAUCGUUUUUUGCAACACACAACACUUAAUUCAAGUAGUCGCAAUUGGAAAUUCAACCAUAAACUCGAUCCUUAAGGUUGAAUUUGCCCUGAAUUUGGGAUUUUAUUGAAUAUUGGACUAUAUUUAAUGGCCUUUAGAUAUAAUUUACUUUACCAAUAAAACUGUCAAUGCAAAAUUGGCCAGUUUUUAAGUGAAAUUUUCUACAUGACUGCGUCCUUUUACGAUAAGGGGUCAAUAUUUAAGUAUUACUUUUAAAUCAAUAUUUGGUCCUGUAUAUAGUCUAGAUAAUCUUUUGUUAAAAUUUAUGGUUGUGAUGUUACCUGUUGUGGAAUAUGAACAUGAGAUCUGAUAUAUUGGUUGUUAAAUAAAACAUUUUAUUACUUAAAA